UUUGGUUAAAUACUCCCUUUUAUAGUUACCGCUUGGAUAGGAUACAUGGAGUUCAUAUUCUAUCAGAUUUUAUCCCUGAGUAAUUUGGUCCUAAAGAUGUCAGGUUUAAGAAUGUGCCACUUUAAUGUCUGUUGUGCGGCCUCGGUUACACAUAAUUUGUUCCUAAAGAUGUCAUUUCAGAAUGUGCCACUUUAAUGUCUGUUGUGCGGCCUCUGUUACACAUAAUUGCACUUUUGUCCUUAUGUCUUCGAUUUUGCUUUCAGAGGUUCUUAGUGCUAGAAAUAUUAUUGUUCCGGAUUUUAGCUGUACUACUCAUGCCACUCUUUUUUUCUUGCUUUGUAGCUGAAGGAUUAGUGAGACUGUUUGGGCUGAAUUCUGAUUUUGUAGCACUUAUUCCAUGUGAGGCAGGUAGCAUAUUGAUAUCGUCCAGAAAUAAUAGUGUCAUCUCAACUUCUAAAUAAGAAUCUAGCAGAUGUGCCUACUGGUUUAUGAUGGCACCAUAAAUAAUAGUGACAUCUGUUUUGUAUCUUGCUUGUAGUGUCCAGAUUUCCAAUUUUGUUGCUAUAUCUUUGGCGGUGAGUUGAUAUCGAUUUAUUAGUUCUAGAGACAAAAGAAAUUUGAAAGCGUGAAUUUUAUCUAAUCCAUGUUGUGCUUCCAACUUUGAAGACUGGAGAAGAUGUAAUUCUGUUUGACCUCUCUUUCAUUAAUCCGUUAGGAAAUAUAUAUGAUGUAGGAGAGUUACACUAUCAAAUGUUUGGAAUACUUCUUCCAUGUUGAGAUGGGAUGCAUAUAGUUAAUGACAUGCUUUUGAGUUCAUAUAGACAGUUCAUCAUAGAAAAUGCACCGCACUGUAUUUUCUUUAUAUAUGAAUUUAGAAUACAUCAUUACUAUUUUAUCGAUCAUUCUUACUGGUUUCUAAUCAUGAUAUUUGGCAUUCUCUUGCACAAGGAUAUUGUGGUAUGGUAGUUCUUAUUUUUUGUGAACCGAUUCUAUCGUGCUUCUACUUCUAUGUGUUUGUUGAUGAUUGAACGGAGGUUAGAUUAGAUUAUUGCCAUGGUAGUUCUCAUCUUCUUUAUCUGAAGUAGUAAGUUUGUUUGAUGUUUUCUAGCUUUCCUUCGAUUAUGAAAAUUCCCAGAGAAUGUCCCAUUGUCACUUCAAGGAGUAGCAGCUGAUAUUGGUGCUUCCACCUCCGCGUCAUGCCCGGGCCGAACUGCCACACCCCCUGGUUCUCCACAUUUUCUCUUUGGUGUUUUAUACAUUCAGUUAUAUCCUAUCUUAUCCAGUAUGUCUCAUAUCUUAGUUGAUUUGCAUUUUGUACUCUACUUUACAAACAUUGCAGAAAUAUUCUACUAACAACUUAUUUUCUACUGUUUGGUUGUUUAAACUAAGAAAUUAAAUCUGGACCCGUACAAAUCUUGAGUAAAAUAUAUGCUAAUUAGUUCCUCUUGUUUAAUCUAUUCUAGGAUUGGGCACUACACAUAGAGCUAAAAAGUUACAUUGCCAUUUUAAGUGCAAACAAACAGGUUAGGUGGUGUGUACCUUAUUUCAGGAUCAACAAUCGGUGAAUCGGAUCUAAGGUUUGAGUUAGUACUGAGCAUUGUGUAUUCUAGAUGGACUAAUUGAGUGUGCUAAUUGAACCAUAUUCAUGGUGUUAGUCUGAAGUCAGAUUAUGCGAUUCACUCGUAUUAAUGCCAUUACUAUUGGUACAUUAGAUGAAUUGGGAGAGUUAAGUUAUGGGCUUCUUGCCAAUUACAUGCCCACAAAUUAUACGUUGUGACAACUUUUCUCUUUAUGACGAGCAUGUGAUGUCGUAACUUUCCUUUGGAGGACGUGGGGUCAUUUUCUGUCUAUUAAAUAUCUGCUUUGUGCUUUUGGAAGUGUCUAGCAGGGCCACAACUUAUGAAUGUAGUUGCAAUAAUGCACAAGAACUUCUUGUCAUUAGUUAAGAAAAUAAACUAUAGGUCAUUUUAACAACAUCAUUUCACCUUUUCAGUGUCAGCUAAGGUAUUCUAGUUUCUUGAGAUGGUUUGACUAUUUGAGUUUCCAUUGGUUACAGGUGUGUAUGUCCCUGAUGACAUGUUGCCCAAAAUCAACAUUUGUAGCUUCUUUAUAUAUGGCUUUCUCUCUUUCCAUCAUGAAGUUUAAGUGAUUUAUAUUCCAAAUGGGCUUAUUCUUACAAUCCAUUCCUUGCUAAUUUAAUUUUUAUUUUGCCUUGCUGGUCUUGAAUUUAUACUUUUAAUUUAUUUCUGUGUGCUAUGCUUCUUUGACUACAUGUAAUCCUCUUCUGUCCUUGGUUCAGAUCAAAUGUGGAGUCCACUUCUUUCCUUGGUUCAGAUCAAAUGUGGAGAUGAUGUUUUUUGUUCCGCUAUGACUAUUAUUUUCACCUUGGUGACAGUCUCACAAAUCCUCUUUCCUUUCUUUUGUUGAUGUCUUGCCUCCUGUGUACUGAUAGAGGCAUAUAACAGAUGCAUGUCUCGGAUUAGAGAACUAUGAUUGUCCAUCUAUUUUAUAUUUUUCAUUUACCUCUUACGAGUAGUUUCCCUAAGUAGAAAAAAUUCAUUUUUCAGCCAUAUUGCUUUAUUAUCCUUUUUUGUGGGAACAAUACGAAGCCACACUAUGGUGUGCUCUGUUCCCAAUUUUACAAACUGGCAAGUUGCUGCUUGAUUUUGUUUCUUUCAGAUUUUUGUGUGCCUUUCUCCGUUAGAAUGUUUCUCCUCAACGACCAUAUCGAUAUGGCUGGCGUUUGCAACUGUGAUUUUGGUUGAACUGUGCAUGAUCAUCCCUCUAUUCAAAUUGUUGCUUCUCAAGGAUAUUUGCAAGAGAAAAUUGCUUCUAUACCAUCGACAACCUCAGCAAUGGCUCAUUUGCCAUCCAACAAAGCUCCGGUGCUUAUAUACCAGACACGAACAAAUUCUAUUGCUUUUUUGCCAUUGCCGUUAGUCUGCCGUUAGAUAGUGUCCGUUUUCCUUGUUAGAUUUCCCACAAAUUCCAAAUUUACCCUUAGUUUAGAAAAAACAACAACUCACGCACGCACCCGACCCUCCCCAUCCCACGACUCCACGCACCCCCCGACCAUCCCCAAUCCGCACGCGCAACGCAACGCCGGCCUCCAGCGAGCCGCAAUGGAGGAACCCCCGUCGGCGCCACCACAACCCCCACCGCCACUCCCCCACCCCCCUUCGGUGCCGCAUCAUGGUGGAAUCAUCGCUGGCGCUUCCCCAGGUCUCUCGCCCACCGCAUCUCUGAUGCUAUCUAGGCGGCGCUUCAUGGCGGAACCGCCGCCAGCGCUUCCCCAGCCCUUGUCGCACGGCCCCAUUGCCGCCGCGCCUGUACCACCGCGUCUCACCACGUCUUUGAUGGCCAACACAUGGGGCCCAGCAGCACCAACCUCUCCGAGUGGCCAUGUCGCCCAGAACCCUAGCAUUGGGGAUUCCGGCGAGGUGGAGAGUGGGGCAGUGGCACCGACGGCCGAGGCCCUCCGCAAGAUCAACUCCUUUGUGGGCGCACUUGCAGCAGCCCAUCUGCCCCAGAAUUCCAUGCCCGACGAGGAGGACGGCAUAGCUGAUGAAUGUGGCUCGACCUCUCUCUCUGCUAUUUGCGCUAGGAUGAUCCAGUCUUGUAGCUAUACAGUAGAGGUGAAGGUUUGUGGCAGUGGAACCAAAAUCACUGGGGAUUCGAUAUUUAGUUGGCAGAUUAUUGAGGGUAGUAGGACAAGUAUGAAGGAUUUGCUGGCUUGUAUUGCCGGAAAUUUUGCUUUAUGCUCAGAGGAUAAUAUAUUUCUUGAGUACUUUGAUUCCAUUAGUGGCAAAAAUAUCUCUGUGUCAAAUGAUGAAGAAUGCAUGAAAAUGUUUGCCUGUUUUGAUCAUAAUAGAAGUGGCCAUUUGAUCAUCAAAUAUUCCGAGAGAAGUGAUAAUGUUGAUGUUCCAUGUACUCCUUCGAACCAAACACCAUCUAUAGCACUGCCUAGUCAACCAAGUAGCGUCAUUGAUGAAGCUAGUGUAUGCCUAACAGAUACAUAUCUUGACAAUCCGCAUGAAGAAUAUGAACAUGUUGGUGUAGAUGAGGAGGACCAGUACUCAAUUGGCAGUGUUGGUUCCGAUAGUGAUGAUGAGGUCAAAGAAAAAGAUAUACCAAAUAAUGAUUAUGUUGAGGAUAGCAGUGAUGAUGAGGAAUGGGUUGCAGAAGAUGCUAGACCGGAUGCUAUUCCAGAAAAUGCUUAUGACAAAGAAAACCCGCCAAUGCAUAAAGAGUUCGAAUUCAAGGUUGAAAAAAGUGAACCUACUCGAUUCAGGGCUUAUUGUCGCCGGGCAAAGAAGAUGGAUUGUAAAUGGAGAAUUCAUGUUGGGAGGUUGGAUGACCAAGAAACUAUGGAGGUCAAAGUUCAUGUGCAGGAGCACACUUGUUCUAGCGCAAAGAAGAAAAAGAAGCAGAAAAAUGCUUCAAAGGCAUGGGUGUGUGAGAAAGUCAUGGACUGGGUGAAAGAAGAUCCUAGUGUUCGGCCGAUGGAGUUACGGAGGAGGCUACAUGACAAGUACAAGAUCAACGUCCAAUACAUGAAAGUAUUCCGUGGCAAAGGGCUAGCAAUGGCUAAGUUGUUUGGUAACUGGGAUGAUUCUUUUGACAAGCUAUAUGCUUGGAAAGCUGAGGUUGAGAAGAGGUCUCCUGGAAGCAUAGUUGCGAUUGACCACAUGGAGUAUGAUCAGAAAAAAUAUUUCAUACGGAUGUGUGUUGGGCUGAAGCCUUUGUGCGAUGGAUUCUUGGCUGGCUGCACACCUUACUUGGCGAUAGAUAGCACUCAUUUGACAGGCAAGUAUAGAGGCCAAUUAGCUACUGCUUGUGCCAUUGAUGGGCACAAUUGGUUGUAUCCUGUAGUCUAUGGAGUUAUUGACUCAGAAACUACUGAAAGUUGGGUGUGGUUUUUGGAGAAGCUUCGUGAUGCUAUUGGCUCUCCCCCUGGUCUAGCUAUAUGUUCAGAUGCGGGAAAAGGGAUUGACACUGCAAUCGAACAGGUCUUUGGGUAUGCAGAACAUAGAGAAUGCAUGCGACAUUUGGUUGUGAACUUCAAGAAAAAGUUUCAUGGUAAAGUUUUUGAUGAUCAUUUGUGGCCGGCUGCUUAUUCAUGGACUCCUCGAGGGUUUGACUAUCACAUGGCAGACAUAGAGGAGAAAAAGGCUGCUGCAAUAGCAUAUUUAAACAAGUACCACAGCAGGCUAUGGUCAAGGAGCAAAUAUUCAACCUCCUCAAAAGUGGAUUAUGUGACAAAUAAUUUGGCCGAGUGUUUCAACAACUAG